GGCGUCGUUCUCCCAAACUAGGGCAAAGCAGCAACAGCAGCGAGCAGCCUCUGGUGGCUGGGUGGGCUGGGGGCCUUGCUUCCUGGCCUGCUCUCCCUCCUCCUGGCCCUCAUGGGGAGUCAACAAGAGUCCAGCCUGGAGACAGGCGAGCUUCCCCCAGACAAUGACCAAGCACAGGUUGCCAACAAUGAAUCCAGGAGGCUCAGCAAAGAACAGAUAUAUAUAUUAAUAGCAACAGCAUCUGUCAACUUCAGUUCAAUGAUCUGCUAUUCAGUCCUGGGACCCUUUUUUCCAAGCGAGGCAGAAAAGAAAGGUGCUAGCAGUACAGUAGUUGGACUCAUUUUUGGAUGCUUUGCGUUAUUCAACUUCUUGACAUCUUUGAUAAUGGGCAAAUAUCUUGUACAGAUUGGAGCAAAAUUUAUGUUCGUUUCUGGAAUGUUUGUCUCAGGAUUUAUUACUGUUCUCUUUGGGCUGUUGGACAGAGCACCUGAUGGACCCAUCUUCAUAGGACUCUGUUUUUUGGUCCGAGCAGUGGACGCGAUUGGUUUUGCUGCAGCAAUGACUUCCUCAUUUUCUAUUCUUGCAAAGGCGUUCCCUAACAACAUAGCUACAGUUCUGGGCAGCCUUGAAAUUUUUACUGGACUAGGACUAGUACUUGGGCCCCCUCUUGGUGGCUUUUUAUACCAGUCGUUUGGCUAUGAAGUCCCUUUCAUUGUACUUGGAAGCUUAGUGUUGCUCUUGGUGCCUCUCUAUAUGUAUAUUUUACCAAAAUACGAUUCAACGCCUAGUAAAGAUUCAUUCUGGAAGCUUGUUGUUAUACCUAAAAUUAUCCUCCUCAGUCUUACAAUAUUUUCAUUAAGUGCAUGCUUAGGAUUUCUAGAUCCUACAAUGUCACUAUUUGUCUUGGAAAAGUUCAGAUUGCCUGCUGGCUAUAUAGGACUUGUUUUCUUGGGGCUAGCACUCUCCUAUUCUUUAUCUUCACCAUUAAUUGGUUUUCUUAGUGAUACAAAGCCACAUUUAAGGAAAUGGUUACUGACCUUUGGGGGCCUACUGACUGCACUAUGCUAUUUUCUCUUGGGACCGGCUCCCAUUUUACACAUUGAAAGCAAGCUUUGGCUCUUUGUUCUAAUGUUGGUUCUGGUUGGUUUCUCUCUUGGGAUGAGCAGUAUGCCGGUGUUCCCUGAGAUACUCAGCUGUGCAUAUGAGAAUGGAUUUGAAGAAGGAUUAAGUUUGUUAGGGCUGGUGUCGGGGCUCUUCAGUGCAAUAUGGUCACUUGGGUCUUUUGUAGGUCCAACAUUAGGUGGAUUUCUUAAUGAAAAGCUGGGUUUUGAAUGGGCUGCAGCCAUUCAAGGUGGAUUCCCACUGUUAAGUGGGCUAGCAGUGGGAAUGUUCUAUAUCUGCGAGGCCUCACAUAGAAGAAGAUCCAGUCGUGAAAACCUGUUGGGCACAGAGCAAGAAAGAGCUCAUCUUUUAUCAAGUGAAACGUAGCUGGAAGUCUUUGCCAUUCCAGGCUGAAACCAAACUUCUUGUGACUAAUUUAGAAGCCUAACGCACAAACGAGGAGCAACAAAUAACCUUAAAUAUGGUCACCCUUUUCAUAAUGAUCCAUUACGAUCUCUGGAUUCUGGAACUGUAAUGUACUUCUCCAUUAUCAGAAAACAAAUGCCUUUUAAAAAAACAUUUUUGCAAUGAACUAUUAGAACUGGUUACAACUGUGACCUGUAAAGAUGGCAGAUGGAGAAGGAAAAAAUUGCACAAUGUGAAAUAAUGCAUUGCACACUGUGAAAUACGUUCUGUAAUUCUCUACUUUUGUACUUUAAUAUCACAGAUAAAGCCAGUACUAAAAAAAAUGCAGGUUCAAUUUCUUUAGAAGUAUAUUUUGUUAAUACCUUUCAAAGAAUAUUACACUGAACUUUUUAAAGAAUAUUAUGAUAUUAUUUGUGUACCAAUUUGAAAUAAAGAACAAACCACUACAGUUUAUAAAAA